UUAAACCUCCCUUGAAUGCGCCUGCUUUUUCUGAUUUGAUUAUUUGGAGGCGGCUACACCUUCCGACUGUUUAUCUCCUAGAAAUAUGACGAAACGAGACUUUGUAGGCGCAAUUUAACAAGCUAAUUUGGCAUGCUAACAGCUAGCCGCCUGUUAGCGCCCGGCUGUGUUGCUGUGAAACUGAUGGAGAAGUUGUAUUAAUGUUGUUUUAGUGAAGCCGUUGGUUAUAAAGACACGGGAAGCAAAGUUUGAUGGUGUCUGUGGUUUAAUAGUGUGUGUUUUGAUUAUGUCGUAGUUGUUUGAAGCGUUUUUUCAUUCCAUUUUUAUUACUGUUUUGAUGCACCUGUUGCGAGUUGAACCCGCAGGUGGCUUCCUACAGAUUUAAACGCCCCCGUAAAGACUUUUAACACAAAUUUAAAAUUAGCACAACAUCCAGAUUAGCGGAUUAUUCAUUGAUGACAUUCCACAAUUCGGUUUUACCCCUCCCCUCCGAGCUGCCGAGUUUCACUUCCUGUUUCUCAGGUGAGCUUACAGACUGAUCCAGAGCGACAGACAGCCGGAGUGUCACUACAAUGUUUGAAAAUGUCCCUACAGUGUCCUCAGUGGAGCGCCAGCAGGUACUGGGAGCUCUGGAGCGUCUGCAGGCCAAACUGGUCCAGAGGGAGGAGUGGACCCACUGUAACACCCUGGGGAACCUGAGGGAGACUCUGCAGAGUCCACUGUUCAGCCACAUCCUGACCCUGCAGCACUCCAUCAAGCAGCUCCGAAACCAGCUCAGCAGUAUUCCUCCUGACGCCUGCAGUGAAUUCAGUUUCUCCAAAAAGGGUCAGCUGAUCAUGAGCGCCGUUAACUUGGCCAGCAGCUCAGCCCCACCCACACCGUCCACCUCCUCCUCCUUCCUGACCAAUGGCUCGUCUCCGCCCUCGUCUGACCUUCUCCAGAAAUGGAUUCUUGCUGCCGCUAAAGGCCGCCAAACGGAGGUGGUUAGGCUGACACGGCCUCUGUCUGGAGGUCUGGGCUUCAGCGUGGUUGGUCUGAGUCCGGCAGGAAGCAGCAGUCAGGGAGUCUUCGUCAAACAAAUCCAGCUUGGAGGAGUUGCACACAGGGACGGGCGUCUCCAGGAGCGGGACCAGAUCCUGGUGAUAAACGACAGUCCCCUGGAGCCAGGCAUCAGCCAGCAGCAGGCCCUAGCAGUCCUGCAGCAGCCCGGGGAAACAGUGGAGCUGGUGGUGGCCAGAGAUCGAGCAGCCGGUGCAUCAUCACCGCCCAUCAGCACAGAGCUGUGGGGGCAUGUGGAGGAGAUCGAGCUGGUCAACGACGGAUGUGGUUUGGGUUUUGGCAUUGUGGGAGGAAAGACGAGCGGUGUGGUGGUCAGGACACUCCUCCCGAACAGCGUGGCCGACAGGGAUGGGCGUCUUCGCACAGGUGACCACAUCCUUCGCAUCGGGACGACGCCCACCAGCGGCCUCACCAGUGACCAGGUUGUCAAGGUGCUGCAGGGGUGUGGGAGUCAUGUGACCAUGCUAAUUGCUAGGGACCCCCGUGGACAGAGGUCAGCAGCCCCUCCUCCCCCACCACCUCCAGGCUCGGCCCCUGUCUCCUCCUUACCCUCCAGACCUCCUGACCCGCCCCUCCAGCGCCAGGUCAGCACGAUGCCCAAUCUGGAGGGAUAUGAGAUCCACGAGGUUCCUCUAACCAGGAAGGACGGCCAGAGCCUUGGCAUCUCAAUCGUCGGCUGCAAUCCCUUCACCAGCCAAGAUGCAGUGGGUGUGUUUGUGAAACACGUGGUUCCAGAAAGUGCCGCAGAUCAGAGCGGAAACAUCCGAGUCCACGACCGACUGAUCGCUCUGGACAACAUCAGUCUCCAUGGGAUGACCAAUCAGGAGGUGCUGGAGGUGAUGAAGCAGACGGGUCAGACUGUUGUUCUCACUCUGAUCAGGAAGAAACCCAGAGCCCUGGAGAGAUCCCUGGAUAAAGUGGAGAGGGUGUCGUCCCGUGUGUCUCUGAGGAGGUCACUGGAGAUGAAGACUCGCUCAUCUGGAUUUGGCUCCACAGCGAUGAAGACUGAAGCAGCACAGCCAACUAGGGCCACAGAGGCAGAACUGAGGGCUAAAUGGGAGCAGGCUCUGGGACCGCGGUACCAAGUCCUGGUGGUGAAGUUGGACCCUGUCAUUGAAGAUGAUGCAGAACUGCAAAAGUCCUCCAAGCUGCUGCCCGUCCACACUCUGCGUCUCGGUGUCGAGCUGGACUCAUUCGAUGGUCACCACUACAUCUCCUCUGUGGCCCCUGGAGGCCCCGUGGACAAACAUGGCGUCCUGAGACCUGAAGACGAGCUCCUGGAGGUGAAUGACGUUCAGCUGUAUGGAAAGUCUCGUCGUGAGGUGGUGUCUUUCCUCAAGGAGGUGCCUCCUCCGUUCACUCUGGUCUGCUGCCGACACCCAGCCUCUGACCUGGAACUGGAACCAGAAUCUGAAACAGAAUCUGAUCCUGAACCAGUAAUACGACCAAGACUGGGACCAGCAAGACAGUCGCAGCCCAGUGUGGAGGAGAUCGAACUGAAGCUGUCGUCGAUGCUCGGCAGUCAGACGGUCCUGAAGGACGACAGCAGUGAGCAGGAGGAGCAGCAGGAGGAGGAGGAGAAGAUUCAACACAGUAAGGAGGAGGAUGAGGAGCAGUACGAAGAUGAUGAUGACGAAGGGGAGCUGGCUCUGUGGUCUCCAGACGUUCAAGUGUUGGAGCUGCAGAAGGAGAGAGACAGAGGCCUCGGCUUCAGCAUCCUCGACUACCAGGACCCGCUGGAUCCCGGUCGGUGUGUGAUGGUGGUUCGUUCUGUGGUUCCUGGCGGGUUCGGGGAGGGCAUAAACCCUGGAGACCAGCUGAUUUCAGUCAACCAGACCCAGCUGGACCUGCUCACACUGGCCCAGGCUGUGGAGGUUCUGAAGUCUGCCCCACCUGGCACGGUUCGCCUGGGCAUCCGCAAGCCUCUGGUGGUGGAGGCCCCUGAGGGGAGGAGAGAGAGCCAGGUGUCUCUCAGCAACACACAACUUCCUGUACCAAAGGGUUUUGGCGACGGCUCCAUCUUGCCAGACGACCUUCAACAUGAGGAGGAGGAGGAACCCGAACUGAUCCUAGAUGGAGGACUCCCUCGCUACACCAUCUCCUCCCUGUCCACUGAGAUCCUGCCUGUAGAGGAGGGCAGGGAGAUGGCUGUGGAUGAGGAGGAGGAGGAGGAGUUGAAGGUGCAGGAUGGAGCAGAGGACAGGAUGGGAUCCCUCCCCAAGAAACCUCCUCCAUCAUGGGAGGAGUGGAAGCGCUCCUCCUCCAGCUGGGCUGGACCAGAGGAGACAUGGAGAAGGGAGAAGCAGGUGCGGCUCAGAGAGAGAGAGGAGGAGGAGCUGCAGAGGUCAGACCAGGAAAGCAUCGUGUCUGUGGGGAACCCGACUCUGGGUCUUCCAGACUCCAGCGAAGCCGAUUCUGAGCUCACUCUGACAGACACCGACACAGAGUCCGUCAGGAGGAUGAACAGAGAGAGGAGGAAGAGGCGGAGCCAGGGAGGAGCCUCUCUACCGAUCAGAGGAGGGCACAGUGACCUGCCUGAAAGAGAGGAGGGGGAGGGAGAGGAAACGCCUGCCUUCAGUCACUGGGGACCCCCCCGCAGGGUGGAGGUGUGGGCUAAAGAGGGUCAGUCUCUGGGUCUGAGCAUUGUGGGAGGUCAUCACAUCAUCAAGCGUCUGAGGAACGGGGAGGAGCUGAAGGGAAUCUUCAUCAAGCAGGUUUUACCAAACAGCCCUGCUGCCAACACACAGUGUCUGAAGACUGGAGACAAGAUCCUGGAGGUGUCAGGUGUUGACCUACAAGAUGCCAGCCACGAGGAGGCAGUCGGUGCCAUUAAAUCAGCUCCGAGCCCCGUUGUCUUCAUUGUCCAGAGCCUGUCUGCGACUCCACGGCCCGUGUCUGCCACAGCCCCCAGCUACAGCAAACACAAAGCUACAAGGACCGAGCCUCCGAAACCAGGAGUGACCUCGUCCCAUCUGAGGCAGCCCCCGCCCUACAGACCUCCCCUCCAAUCAGAGACGGAGCUGAGCUCUGACUUGGAGCAGGCCGCAGAGCGUUGGUGUGAGCGGUAUGGAGACCUGCGGGGGGAGCUGCUGUGUGUGGAGCUGGAGAAGGAUCGGCAGGGCCUGGGUCUCAGCCUGGCGGGAAACAGGGAUCGCUCCCGUCUCAGCAUCUUUGUGGUGGGGCUCCACUCUGGAGGACCAGCUGCUCAAGACGGACGCAUACGAGUCGGAGACGAGCUGCUGGAGAUUAACAACCAGGUCCUUUAUGGUCGGAGUCACCUGAACGCCUCAGCCAUCAUUAAGAGCGCUGCCUCCAGGGUGAAACUCAUCCUGCUCAGAAAUGAAGAUGCCAUAAACCAAAUGGCUGUGCCUCCCUUCCCGUCUCCCCCUGCUCCCCCCCUCCUCAACCCUGAGUGUGUCUCUCCAGCUCCUACUGCUGUCCCCAGCCCGACAGACGCACCCCGCCCGCCUGACAGUCUGACGCUCCACCCGUCAUCAGAUGCACCGGAUGAGACCAGCAAUGAAGCAGAGCAGAACCAAACCAGCAAUGGCGCCCCCAAGAGUCUGAUGGAGGACGACCCCUUCAAAAGGAGGCUGAAAGGUGCGGAGUCCCCAGACAAUGAGCUGCAGGAUCCAGGGGCCUCGCUGGAGCAGCAGUCCUGCAGGUCACACAGCAAACAGACAGCAGCAGCAUCUCCUCCUCCGAUCAGCCCCAACCUGCAGAGCGCUACCAGAGACCCAACCUGCUGCGCGGUGGUUCCUGGUCAGGAGACGGUGCUGGAGAUCUGUAAAGGUCGAUCAGGACUGGGCCUCAGUAUAGUGGGAGGAAGAGACACCCAGCUGGACGCCAUCAUCAUCCAUGAGGUUUAUGAAGAAGGAGCCGCAGCUAGAGACAGACGACUGUGGGCAGGAGACCAGAUACUGGAGGUGAAUGGUGUCGAUCUGCGCGGGGCCUCCCACGAGGAGGCGAUCGCCGCCCUGCGACAGACGCCGGCGAAGGUGCGUCUGAUGGUGCUAAGGGAUGAGGCUCAGUACAGAGACGAGGAGAACCUGGAUGUGUUUAAGGUGGAACUGCAGAAGAAGAGUGGCAGAGGGCUGGGACUCAGCAUUGUCGGGAAGAGGAGUGGCAGUGGCGUGUUCAUCUCUGAGGUGGUUCGAGGGGGCGUUGCUGAGCUCGACGGUCGUCUAAUGCAGGGAGAUCAGAUCCUGUCGGUCAAUGGAGACGACACGAGACACGCCUCCCAGGAAACUGUGGCUGCCAUACUGAAGUGCGUGCGGGGGACGGUCCUGCUGGAGCUCGGCCGAUUCAAAGCUGCAUCCUGGAUCUCAUCCAGACACAGCUCACAGGGAAGCCAGAUGAGUCAUGUCAGUGGGAACAGCAGCGUUGUCAUGGCGCCGCCCCUCACACAGACCCUGACCUCACCUGACCCCCCCACCGCCAACCUCCUGACCCCGACUUCUGCUGGGCCCCCGCCCCACAACAACAACAUGAAGUCCACCAGUGACAUCACUUCCUGCUCUGCCAUUAGCACAGGGGUGGAUGCAGGCGUCCGUACAGUGGAGCUCACCAGGGGUGUCAGGGACUCCCUCGGGGUGAGUAUAGCCGGCGGUAAUGGCAGCCCGCUGGGUGACAUCCCCAUCUUCAUUGCCAUGAUUCAGGCCAGUGGAGUCGCCGCCAAGACGCACCAGCUGAAGGUUGGGGAUAGGAUUGUCAGUAUCAAUGGUCAGAGUGUGGAUGGUCUGUCCCACAGCGAGGUCGUUACCAUGCUGAAGAACAGCUACGGAAACAUCAGCCUUCAGGUGGUAGCAGACACCAACAUCGGCGCCAUUGCCACUCAGGUGGAGAGUUUGUCAAGCAGCUCUGGUGUGUCAGCCAGCACUGACACGUACACAGCCGAGCCCGAGGGUCCAAGGCCCCGCACCAUCAGCCUGGAGAAAGGCUCUGAGGGACUUGGCUUCAGCAUCGUCGGAGGCUUUGGCAGUCCUCAUGGAGACCUGCCGAUCUACGUCAAGACUGUCUUCAGCAAGGGUGCGGCGGCUGUGGACGGGCGUCUGAAGCGAGGUGACCAGAUCUUAUCGGUGAACGGAGAGAGUCUGCAGGGAGCAACACACGAGCAGGCGGUUGCCAUCCUGAAGAAACAGAGAGGAACUGUCACGCUGGAUGUCCUGUCAUAACACACACACACACACACGUAUGAACACACAAGCUCCUGUUGUGAUGUGUUCAGGUACAUCACACACAUGCUGACUCUCGGACAAACUUCCCAACAUGCAAAAAAAAAAAAAAAA